GGCGUUUAGAAACUUCCCCAAACAAGCUCAUACACUGACUUUGGGAGAUGUCCUAACGGACCAGGGGGUCACUCCCUUUGAACAACUACUACCCACUGAAUCGCAAACGGGAAUGACGCGACUGAGACACGAGCAACUCAAACACUUUCUAAGCACAAAUCCACCACUAUCACAAGGCCAUAGAACCCACACUCUAUACGAGACCCAAUGCGCACAACACAGCAUCCGGAGGGGCCACAUAUCCUCCUUCUAUAAACAAUUAUGCAGACGAAAGGACGAACUCCUACCUACCUAUACAUCCAA